GGGUGCGCGCAGGCACGAAGCCGUCGCGUCUUAUUGUGAUUACCUAACGGACGAGACAAAGGAACGCGGGCGACAAAGAACGGGUCAAGACAAUUGGCGCAACAAAAGGCAAUGGCAGUCGACCGCCGCUCGCAGUUCUCCUUCGCCUUUCUCCUCUUCGACCUCCUCAAUGCGUCGCACAACGGCCCUCGAGGUCGACACUGGCGCCGCGGCGAUGGCAGCGACUCCCGCGACGACAUCCUCCUUUGCGCACACCCCAGAGUCUGCCGCCGCUCUCAACGCACACACACACGAAAAGGAAUAUAUACCUCCCACCCCAUCCAUCCGGCUCUUAUUUUCUCUUCUCUCACGACGCGACGUUCUCCUCCUUGUUCUCCCCGCUGUUCUCUCGUCCGUCAUCGCCGGCGGCGUCGCCCCGUUCAUGACCUACGUCGUCGGCCAAGUCUUCAACUCGUUUGCACAGUUCCCCUUGACUUCGAAUCCGCCCCAAGAUGCGAAAUCAGCCCUCCUGCACGACGUCGGCCUCUCCGCCCUCGAGCUCGUCGGUCUCGCCGCCGCCGCCCUGUCGCUCAGCAGCCUCACUUCCUGCCUCUGGAUAUGGACCGGCGAGCGCAACACGAUGCUCUUGCGCAAGAAGGUGUAUUCGUCUGUCACCUCCAAGGACAUGAUCUGGUUCGAUACGAAGAUGGGCGCGGAAGACUCUGUGCAGUCCACCGAGGGCGACGGUCCCGUCGGUGCUGGAGGCCUCAUGGCCAAGUUCGCGAGGGAGACGGAAGAGGUCCGGAUGGCGUCUUCGCUCGCGUGCGGCAUGAUCCUUCAACAUCUCACCACCACGGUGGCCUGCCUCAUUCUCGGCUUCGAUCGCUCAUGGGCACUCACCCUCGUCAUCCUCUCCGCCGUUCCCGUCCUCAUGAUCAUCCAAGGCGUUUCCCAGGGCGUUGCAGGGCCCCUGCUCACCAUCGAGCGCGCUCAGACAGCCACCGCCGCGACGCUCGUAGAUCGCGCCGUCGCGGCCAUCGCUACCGUCAAGGCCUUCAACGCCGCCACCUACGAGCACUCGACGCUCUCCGUUGCGCUCGACAAGAUGCGCGCGGUGGCGAAGAAGUGCAACGCGGUGUGGGGCUUCACGUCCGGCCUCGCCCAGUUUGUUAUGAUGGCGAUGUUCGUGCAGGGCUUCUGGUUUGGCUCGAAGCUCGUGCGCGAGCACAAGGUCGCCGCGGGCGACGUCAUGGCCGUCUUCUGGGCGUGCCUCAUCGCGACGACGAACCUUCAGAUGUGCAUCCCGCACUUCAUCACGCUCGCCAAGGGCAAGUUCUCCAUGGCCGCCCUCCUCGCCCUCGUCGACGCCCCGAACCCUCCCGCAUCUCCGGCGUCGACGCGCAGGCCGAGCAUGGCGUCGUACACCCUCGCCGCGAGCAAGAACCGCAAGCCCGCCUCGUUCCGCAGGAUCGUGCCCCGCAAGUGCUCCGGCGAGCUCGCCAUGGACAACGUCACGUUCGCAUACCCCUCACGCCCCACCGUCCCUGUCCUCGACGACGUCUCGCUCUACCUCCCCGCGCACGAGACGACGUUCAUCGUCGGCGGGUCCGGCUCUGGCAAGUCGACCAUCGCGCAGCUGCUGCUGCGCAUGUACGACGUGCAGCACGGUACGAUCUCGCUCGACAACCAGGACAUCGAGUACCUCGACGUGGACUGGACGCGGCGCCAGGUCGGCGCGAUCUCGCAGGGCUGCAUCCUCUUCGAUAUGAGCGUGCACGACAACGUCGCGAUGGGCCUGGCAGGCGCUGGGUCCAGCAGGCGGCCAGAGGACGUGACGCGCGAAGAGGUUGUCGACGCGUGCACGGGCGCGUUGAUGCACGAGUUUGUGAGGGACCUUCCCAAUGGCUAUGAUACCCUUCUCGGCACUGGCGGCGCGAACCUGUCCGGUGGACAGAAGCAACGGCUGGCCAUUGCACGGGCUAAACUGCGCGACCCCAAAAUUCUCAUUCUCGACGAGGCCACUUCCGCGCUGGACGCGACCUCCCGGAUCUUGGUGUUCGAGGCCCUCAAGCGCUGGCGCACGAACAAGACCACGAUCGUCAUCACCCACGACCUUUCUCAGAUCACUCCUGGCGAUUUUGUAUACGUACUCAAGGACGGCCGCGUCGUCGAGCAGGGCUACCGACAUGACCUCGAGGCCACCGAAGGCGGCGAGUUCCGCGCAAUGGCCGGAGCGCAGGGCGCUACGGGCGGGCUCCCGGAGACGGAGGAUGACUGGUGGUCCGACGACGCGAGGCGUGCGCGAGGCCUGGAGGUUGGGGAUAUUCUUGAGCAGCAGGAGAAGGUGCGCGGGGAGACGGCCGCGGGCGACGCCGAUGCGUUCAAGCGCCAGACGCUCGUCCAGCCUUCGCUUCGCCCGCUCACGCUCGGGAACUGGGUCUUCGACGCCAUCGCAGAUCUGACGCUGGCGCGGACCGACGACGUUGAAGACACCAAGCGUGCUAGUCGGUUUAUUUCCACCGAGGCUUUUGGCACCGCGCGCGAGCAGCCGGCUGACGCUCCGCGUCGGCCUUCGACUAUCGCUAUCGAUCUCCCUGAACAACCCGCUACCGCGCGCACGUCGAUUCCUCGGCGCCUCAGUCUGCAGUUCACCCCGACCUCCCCUGUAUUCAGCAACAAUUUGUAUUCUGCUUCCUCUACUGUAUUCGACGAUUUUGUUUUUGACGACGAGAAGCGCGCGCUCAAGCUCAGCGCCAACGCGGCCUCGCAGCGGCGGCUCGGUGGCGACGAGGCCGCCUCGAAAAGGGUCCGUGCGCGAUGGGACGACGUCAAGAUGGCCCCGCUCAAAGAGGUCAAGGUUUCCCAGCCGGAGGAGUUUGGUGUCCACCACGCUGCUCACGCGGAGAACCAAAUCAGUUUUUCGCGCCUGAUGCGCGACGUUUACCCCACCGUCCCAUACAAGCCCGUCGUCGCGCUCGGCAUGCUGUUCUGCGUCGUCAGCGGCGCGAUGACGCCCGUCUUCUCCUUCGUGCUCUCGCGCCUCCUUUACGAGGUGUCCAUCGGCGCGGGCGACGCGACGCUGAUCAACAAGUUCGGUGGGAUUGUGCUUGCGGUCGCGGCUGUGGACGGGCUUGCGAUGGGCCUCAAGUACUUCACGAUGGAGACGACGGCAAUGGCCUGGGUGACGCGGAUCCGCAAGGCGUGCUACGCGCGCGUGCUCGCGCAGGAUAAGCGGUGGUUCGACCGGUCCGAGAACGCGCCUGCGCGCCUGGUGCAGGUCCUGAUCAAGGACGGCGACGACGCGCGCUCGCUCAUCGCGACGGUGCUCGCGCAGGCGAUCGUGGUCGCCACGAUGCUCGGCGUCGGCCUCGUGUGGGCGCUCGUGCAGGGGUGGCAGCUGACGCUGGUCGGCCUCGCGAUUGCGCCCGUGUUCGCGGUCGCGAUGGCCGUGCAGACGAACUUGGUGGCCAAGUGCGAGCUGAGGAACAAGCGUGCGAGGGAGGAGGUCGCCACGGGGUACUACGAUACGAUUCUCAACAUUCGCGGGAUCCGCUCUAUGGGCUUCGAAAGCGUGUUCUUGGAGCGCUUCGACCGGUCCGUUGACGAUGCGCUCACCACGGGGGUGCGGGGCGCCUUUGUGGAGGGAUGUACAUACGGAGUUGCGAGCUCGCUCAUUUACCUCGCGGAGGCGCUCCUCUUUUACGUCGGCGCCGUGCUCGUCGCGAAAGGCACCUAUACGUACCUGCAGAUGGUCCAGGUCCUCAACCUGGUCGUCUUCACCGUCAGCAUCGGAUCCCAGUUGAUGGCGUUCACCCAGAGAAUUGCAAAGUCUGUGCAAGCGUCCAAGGACUUUAACCGUCUAUUGCAGCUUUCCACCGACACCGAAGAGUCUCGGGGCAUACUGCGUCCUCCCAUCGCCGGCGCCAUCUCCUUCAGCCACGUCAAGUUCGUGUACCCAGAAAGACCCGAUGUCGUCGUUCUCAACGACUUCAGCAUGGACAUCGCGGACGGGGAGAGCGUCGCCAUCGUCGGCGCAUCCGGCUCUGGCAAGUCCACCGUCGCGGCGCUGCUGCAGCGCCUCUAUGAGCCGGACGCCGGCUCGAUCUCGAUCGGCCCGUGGGACCUGGACUCCACGGACGUGAGACACCUGCGCGACCACGUCGCCGUCGUCAGCCAGAACCCGAACCUCUUCGAUGCCACUGUCGCGGAGAACAUCGCGUACGGCGCUGCGGGCUUACCCAUCGCGGACGUCGAGCGCGCCGCCGAGGCCGCGAAUGUGCACGAGUUCGUCGCGGCGCUGCCGCAGGGGUACGAGACGAUGGUCGGCGAGAACGCGGCGCUCAUCUCGGGCGGGCAGGCGCAGCGGCUGCAGAUCGCGCGCGCUCUCGUGCGCCCGGCGAAGGUGCUGAUCCUGGACGAGUGCACGUCGGCGCUGGACUCCGCGAACCAGGCGGCGGUGAUGCGGACGAUCAUGGACGCGAAGGUCGGGCGCACGACGCUGAUGGUGACGCACAAGCUGCCGGUCAUGCGCAUGUGCGAUCGGAUACUGGUGCUGCACGAGGGCGCCAUCGCGGAACAGGGUACGUACGAGGAGCUGAUGGCGAACAAGGGGGUGUUUGCGCAGCUGGCCAGCGGCGGCGAGUGGGCUGGCGAGUGAUUCUUUCCGUCUUUCCGUUCUCCCAUCCUUUUUUCAUUUUUUAUCCCUGACCCUGAUUCUGUGUCCUCUCUUUGUUCACUCCCCGUUCUACUGCUGCUAUCUAUCUGCGGAACUUUUUUUUUUUUCAGGCUCUGACACGAUUUGCACGAGCACGCUACUAUAGCCUUCGACGUUCUCUACUUUUACUGUACGCCUUCAUACCACGACUCGACCAACGUCCGCAUUUGUAGUACCAUCGCAUAGCAUCAUAUAACCAGCUGUAUCUCUUAUUACACCAUCGCCAGUUUCGAUGAAUGACAAGCUACGAUACAUUUUAUUGCUU